UGAAGACACUUAUGUAAGUAGGAAGGCACUUGAUAGACGAGGACAGAUAAAACCCUCGGGGAGAGGAUCGGAGUAGCUGGAAUACAUGCGAGUACUACUACAAUUCUUUGUCAGUGGAAUCAGCGGCAGGCAAGGAUAUUGCGCAUAGCUCGGAGAUGAUUGCUCGAGUCAUAACAUCUCAAUAGCCGCUGCUGUGGAGAUGUAAUUUCAAUGGAAAGAUCCAGUUGUUGGCGGAUAACAUGGGGAAAUCAGCGCUCAGCAUCCCCCGAUCUGUUGAACAGGCACCUGGCUUGGUCCUUGGCGCAGAAAAUUGAAUGUGGUCGUGCUUUACGUGUCGACCGUACAUAUUGGUUUCGGCGGACCUCGAGAUCCACACAAGAAGAGGGCGUAAACAGGGCGCUGUUCUGUGCGAGCUGGGAUGUAUGUAUGGUCACUUCCAGGCGUCUAAUUCAGACCUGUUUAUAGAGCUUGUGAAGAUGAUUUCCGGCGAGGCCAAGUUGCAUGUCAAUUUCAGCGGAUCUAGUCGGCGUCAUGCAGCCCAAGACAUUUGGCAAUUUCUUGGCACGAGGUAAACUCUCACAGGAAAAUGAGCGAGUUCGUCUGCCUUCACCGCGAUUUACAUGGUUCACUGAGUAUGAAAUUGCAGACAGGCACGCUCGGAGAAAAGGAGAGUGGCGAUGACUGGAUCAGGCGAUCUCAUCAUCACUUGUCCUGUUCCAUCCUCUUAUCCGCCGGCGUCAAGCCUUGCCUGGCCUAUGCCAAGCCAGCGUGCCAUGGCUCCAAGACCCCGCAACUUGCUUGGGUAUAUGUUGGCUUUGUUAUGUCUUGUCGCCUCGGCAGCGGCGGAGAGCUCGGACAACUCAAGUCACUCUUAUGCGUAUUUAGCCAUUUGCUACCAUGCAGGCUGGUCUUCCCGCUUACCCCAUCUCCAGAUAUGCUGGAGAUCCAUACCUCAAGUACAGGCCGGCGUUCGCCCGCUCCCUCCCCGUGCAGAUUCUGCUCACUGGAGUCGUCCUCACCCUCGUGGCCGUGCUCUUCAUCCAUCUCAUCUUCACCGCGCAAUAUCAUUGGCCUCUCGCUCCUGUGAAUUAUGUCCUCCAAAUAUCGGGGGUCAGCACCCUCCUCAUCUCGCUGGUUGCCACCCUCCACGUCGUCCUGGCUGCGACGAUGAAUGAGAGCGAGCAUUGGCCAUAUAUGCUCAGUUACCUUGCCGUUAACGUGCCGCCAACUGAUAAUUCAACUUACGGGUGGAGCAUCGCUGAGAGGGCAACGUGGCUGAUCAUGAAUGCAUCGACCUCUGGACUUAUACAGAUCACCCAUAUUCAAUUCUUAACCCUUUUGUAUCCGUCGCGUAUGGAAGCAAGACUGAUUUUCGCUCUACUCGGUCCCCUAGCCGUCGUCGCUGCCAUCAUGCAACUCAUCCCCAUCGGCGCAUCUGCCUCAGUCAACAACAUCGCCUCGGCCGUCCGCAACGUUUGCAACGCGACUCUUUCGCUUCUCUUCACAUCCGCGCUGUUUGUAUGGGGGUUGCUGGUCAAGCGCCAUGACGCAUGGAGGACAGACGGAGGGACGGCUGCCUUCGGCUGUGCGGCUUUGACUCUGGCGUUACUCAGCACCGGCCUCAAUUUCCUUUAUGUCCCAAGAGAAGAAGAGUAUAUGUGGCUCCCGCCAUUGAUGUGGGCGGUUGUGCUGUGGCAGAGCUUCCUUGGUUGGUGGUGGUGGGUCGGCGCGGGCAACGGAUAUGGAUACGAUGAGGAGGAGUUUGAGCGGCUUCAGCGGCGAAAGGAGAAGCGAGCUGCCCGGAAACUCGAGCGAAAGAACCAAAAGAAGAAACCCAAGACCACAAUCUCGUCCAUCCUUCGGCAGCGACGUCCCCCGCCGGCAGAGUCCUCAUCUGAUCCAGAGCCGAAUGCACCGGUCCAACGGUCCGCGACCUCGGCCGCAUCGAUCUCGUCGUCAUCCACUUCGCCUGUCUUCCGUUUCCUACCCGGCUUUGUCCAUCACUGGUACUCUUCACUCAGAUACGAACAUGCGGCCGCCGCUCGCCAACAAGCUGCUGAACGACAAGAACGGAUAGGCCGGUCUGACCCGGUCAGAAAUGGUUGGGGCCUUGGUAGUUUUGCGUGGAGAACGGUCGGAUUGCGGCCCGGAGAGCCAAAACCAGCUUCAGAGGAAGAAGAAUACGAGCUGGAACAACGAACCCCUAAACAUCACGUGCUUGACGGUGGUGAUCUUUCCUUCCUACUCACGUUCCGCGACCACUUGGCCUCUGCAGCUAUGGAAGCGGCAAGAUACCCCCAGACAUUCUCCCGUCCUUCACUAUUCGAGGAUCUCAAUACUUUUGGGAAACAAGAGUCAUCGAAACGACGCGUCCAGCUUCGUUCAUCUCAAUGUUCUGACGAUGAGGACGAGCUGGAUCUGAUACCGCGCCCAUCUCAACUACCGCAACGAAUCUUAUCGGAACCGAUGCCGGGCACAAGGGAUGCGAUCAGAAAGCUUCGUUUCAAGAAGACGAACAGUGCGUUCUCCAGUACCGCGACCGGGCAGGAGACGAUUGAGUCGAAAGCGACGGGCAAAAACACAUCCCCUGCCCGUACAAAGAGGAUAACAGAAUCCUCUUCAUCCAAUGCGCGUUCUGUACGCGAAGCACGCGUCAAACUCGUAACAUCGCCCGACGAUCCCGCGCCCGCACGGCCCAAACCUAGGCCGCUAGCACGACCAGUGGCAUCCUCUUCGACCGCCAAAUCGAAGCCCCUUGCUAAGCCUGCUUCAAAAAAGACAUCCGUCUUUACCGAUGAUGAGUCUGGGUCCGACUCCGAGCCGAAAUCGACACUGUCCGCGAGCAGAAGUUUCCCGCGGCCUUCGCCCCUGCAGAGCUCCAAGGGCAAAGCGAGGGCGUCUUCGCCGACUCCCAAGACUCGUGGAUAUCCUGCGCCGUCCCCUUUGGGCAAUAAUUCCAGAGCUUUGGAAGGGCGUAGCAGGAAUGACAAGGGAAAAGGGAAAGGGAAGGUUAUUGAGCCGGCAGUGCGACCUUUCCCGCUCAAUGCAGUGUCCCCGCUGUCCAAAAAUGCCGCAAGAAGAGAGUCAAAGAAGAGCGCGCCGAUCCGGCCAUUCCCUCUGAAAAAUGUCAAGUUGGGCUCCAGCAACUCCCCAGCCAAGCGCCGUUCAGCCGGUAGUGACGAGGAUAGGGACAAGAAGCGGGUCAGGAGUGUCUCUAUCUCCUCAACGGAACAGGAACCUUUUGACUACGAGGGAGACAGCGCACUGUGUCUCAUCUCCCCAGACACAGAUCCCAAGAUGCUCUGUCCCUUCUGUGAUACCCGGCUUCCUUUGCAUCCGACACCCUUGUUGCGCAGACUGCUGGCGGAAACUCGCAGGAAAUCAUACCGUGACGCUCGCCCGUCGAAUCCGCUAGGUCGAAAAGCACCCAUGAACGUCUUUGUCGCUGUAUGCCAACGACACAGAUUUGAAAGCGAGAUUCUCCCCGAAGCCGAUGCGAAAGGAUGGCCGAAGUCCAUUGAUUGGGAGCGUCUCCAGAGUCGCGUCCAGGCUAUGCAGCAUGCUCUGCGGGCCAUUCUCGAAGACCGCGGCGCCGCAAUUGUUUUCGGGAAAAAUGCGGACGAGUCGGACUCGGAUGAACCUCACCGCGGCCCGCGCAUGCAGUGUAUAUUUUGGCGAGACCUUCUCAGGGAUCUCAAAAACAAGGGCAGUAAAGCCGUCAAGAGCGUUCGAGGACAGUUUGCUACGUUCGAGAAGACGCAACCUGGAUAUUACGGUGAAAUGGGCGCCAUGAUCAUCAACCAGACUUUGUACAAUAGCUUCCCGCUGGACAGCAUCAAUCCUGAUCUGGUAUUGCCCUUGACUCCUCGGGAUUUCAUGCAGCGGAUUCUCAUUCCAGAAGUCGGAAUGCGUCUCGUGAUUGAGGACAUGAACAUGGACGUUGAUGAUGCGGACGACCGAGCGACUGCCGUGCAGGUAUUGAGAGACAGCGCGAGCUACGGGGUGGCAAUGUUUCCGGAGGAUGGCGGCGAGUGGGGCAAGUCGUCCAUGAGUCAAGUUGUUGACGAGAAUGAUCUGGGUGUUGCGGACCUGAUGCUUCUCGAACGAGCCCGCAGACGUCGAAAGGAGUUGGAGGUCGAAGAGAGGGAAGAGGAAGAGAUGAUGCACCAGGAUACAAUUCGAGAGACAUCUGACUCAAAGCCCAAGGCGAAAACGAGAGCGAAGCGGAAGACAGAGAAGGAAAACUCGGAUGAGCUGGUGACUAUAGACGAAGAGUCUCCCCUUCAAGCUCGACCCCGGCCGAAGGCCUUGCACAAAAAGAGAGCAGCUGUGCUUGCCUCCAGCGACAUGGAAACUGAUUCGUCCCGGGGUACGAUAGAAGACGACGAUACUCUGCCCUUCACAAGCCGCAGUGAAGCGGAGCCGACCCCGAAACCGAGUCGGCGACCGACACUCGAGUUGAGCAGCUCAGACGAAUUGAUUUCCAAGAAAUGGAAGAGCAAGCAGAAGCACAUGGUCUCGGAAUCCGAUAGUGAUGCCCGGCCGCCAAAAAGCUCGCCGUCGUCUUCGUGUAUGGCGGUCGUCGACGCUUGUUCGGACGACGACGGGAGUUUCUCGCUGGUCUCGGCUGACAAAACUCCUCGACCUUCACGUUUGGCUGCUUCGUCCUCGGAUUUCCAGCCACUCGCAGCUGCUCGGCGGCGUGCGAAGAACAAACCGUAG